AUGUGGAUCUUGAAAGAAUCGGUUUUGUACAUUUUAACUGUGUUCUAUUAUCAACGACUAAAUGAAGUGCUUAGGCGAUAUCAAAUGGAAGAUUUUUCCAAAUAUUCAUUGGUACAGAAAGCUGUCUUCAAAGGAGGUGGAGAUGACACAUUAGAAAACACACUAGUUGACCAAAGCUUUUUAGCUCCUCUUAUUAUUGAGUAUGAUAAACAUCUGGAAGAACUAAAUGGGCAGCUGAAAUAUUACCAGAAACAGAUGGGUGAGAUGAAACUACAACUUGAAAAUGUCAUCAAGGAAAAUGAAAGGUUGCACAGUGAAUUAAAAGAUGCUGUUGAAAAGCAACUGGAGACCCUUCCCUUUGGCACAGAUAUGGGAAAUGAUAUAUAUACAGAUGAUGAAACAGUCAGGAAUCUUCAAGAACAAUUACAACUAGCCAAUCAAGAAAAAACUCAGGCUGUGGAACUCUGGCAGACUGCUUCUCAGGAGUUGGACAGACUUCAGAGACUUUACCAGGAAUAUAUGACUGAGGCCCAGAUUCAUGUAGUUGAAAGUCAAAAACAAAAGGAUCAACUGACCAAUUUUCAACAACUGACCAAGCAACUUCAUGUUACUAAUGAGAACAUAGAAAUGACUAACCAACACUUUCUGAGAACAGUAACUGAACAAAAUGUGGAAAUUGAGCAACUCCGAAAACAACUUAGGCAAGCCAAGUUAGAUCUGAGAAGUGCAGCAGCAAAAGUGGAUGAGUUAACCAAAGUAACUGAAGAUCUUCAAGGACAGAUGCAAAAGAAGGAGGAGGAUAUGUUGUCUGCCCAGGGAAGAGAGGAAGCAUCAGAUAGGCGUUUACAGCAGUUACAAUCUAGUAUAAAACAAUUAGAAACAAGACUCUGUGUAGCAAUGCAAGAAGCCACUCAAUUAAGAGCACAAAAAACACAUUUGGAAAAACAGACCAGAGAAUUACAAGCAAAGUGCAAUGAAUUAGAAAAUGAAAAAUAUGAAGCUAUUGUAAGAGCCAGAAAUAGCAUGCAGCUCUUAGAAGAAGCUAACCUUCAAAAAAAUCAGGCUCUACUUGAGGAGAAGCAAAAAGAAGAAGAUAUAGAGAAAAUGAAAGAAACAGUGUCUCGGCUUGUGCAAGAUGUUACCCUAAGAACCAGGAAGGAAGUUGCAAGCACAAGAAAACAGUAUAAUGUACAGAUUUCUCGACUAACAGAAGAACUUUCAGCCCUUCAAAUGGAGUGUGCUGAAAAACAAAGCCAAAUUGAACGAGCCAUUAGGGAGAAAAAAGCAGUGGAAGAAGAACUAGAAAAGAUUUACCAUGAAGGCAGAGUAAAUGAAAGUGAUUACAGAAAACUAGAGGAAAUGCACCAAAGAUGCCUGGUUGCAGAGCGUUCAAAAGACGAUCUUCAGCUAAGACUUAAGACAGCAGAAAAUAAAAUAAAACAACUUGAAAUAAAUUCCUCAGAAGAGAUAUCACGUUGCCAAGAAAUGAUUCAGAAACUUCAAAACUUAUUGGAGUCUGAGAGAGAAAACUGUGGAUUUGUCAGUGAACAAAGGCUGAAACUUCAGCAAGAAAAUGAACAGUUACAGAAAGAGACUGAGGAUUUAAGAAAGAUUGCUCUUGAAGCUCAAAAAAAAGCCAAAUUAAAGAUCAGUACAAUGGAACAUGAAUUUUCAAUAAAGGAACAUGGAUUUGAAGUUCAACUAAGAGAGAUGGAAGACAGUAAUCGAAAUUCCACUGUUGAACUGAGACAUCUCUUAGUGACUCAACAGAAGGUGGCCAAUAGGUGGAAAGAAGAAACAAAGAAACUUACUGAAAGUGCAGAGAUUAGAAUCAGUAAUCUCAAGAGUGAGCUGAGUCGACAGAAACUUCAUACCCAAGAGCUGCUUUCUCAGCUGGAAAUGGCAAAUGAAAAGGUAGUUGAGAAUGAAAAACUAAUUCUAGAGCAUCAAGAAAAAGCCAACAGACUUCAAAGGCGUCUAAGUCAGGCAGAACAGAGGGCGGCUUCAGCUUCCCAGCAGCUCAGUGUGAUUACAGUGCAGAGAAGAAAAGCAGCCUCCAUGAUGAAUCUGGAAAAUAUUUAA